UUCCAUCCCCUCUCUCGCAUCCGAGGCCGCAUUCAAACCAAAACCCCCCUCUCUCUCUCUCUCCCCCCGUCCUCCGAAAUCAAAUCUCCUCUCCUCCGGGAACAGAUCCUAAGCUAGCAGGAGCCAUGGCGCCGAGCUCGCCGUCCUCCGCCGCUGCCGCCGCGCCAGCUCGCGCCUCUUCGCGCAAGCGGACGGCCUCCGCCAAGGCCGAGCUCGCCCAGGAGGCCACCAAGCGCCCGCGCAAGGCGGCCGCGUCGUCGGGGAAGAAGAAGGUGACUAAGCCCAAGGCGAAGGCGGAGAAGGCACCCAGGAAGAAGAAGGAGGUCGAGGUGCUCGGGGAGGAUGAGGUCUGCGCCGAGGAACCCGACGAGGAGGAGCUGGCGCUGGGUGAGGAGGAUGAGUCGGCCGCGUCAGGGGAGCAGCAGCCGGAGGAGCCGGCGGCGGCGAGGAAGCGUGUAGCGCAGCCCAUCAGGGCCAGGAACCAAGCUGGUGGCGACAAGGACCAUGGGUUCGUCGGUGCGCCCUUCCCCGCCGGCGAGGCACGCAGCAAGUGGCCGCAGCGGUACCAGCCCACCAAGCCCAGGAGGCCGGAGGAGGAAGAGGAGGACCCCAAGGCCCGGUGUCAUUACCGCUCUGCCAAAGUCGAUGAAGCCAUCUAUAAUCUUGGCGACGACGUAUAUGUCAUGGCUGGGGAAAAUGAGCCUCAUUACAUUGGCCGAAUAACUGAAUUUUUUGAGGGUAUUGACAAAAAAUGUUAUUUCACUUGUCGUUGGUUCUUCCGUCCAGAGGACACGGUGAUCUCAACGGCCAAGUUUGUAAAUGAUCACACGCAUGAUCCAAAGCGUGUAUUCCUCUCUGAGGAAAAAAAUGACAAUGUGCUCGAAUGCAUUGUAUUGAAGGUUAACAUAGUUCAUGUUGAUCCAAAUAUGGAUUCAGAAGCUAAGGCUCAACUGGUGGCUGAAAGUGACCUUUACUAUGAUAUGUCAUAUAGUGUUGCUUACUCUACGUUUGCUAACAUCACAUCAGAUACCAAUGACAAUUCUGGGAUUUCUUCUGAUGUUGAUUCGGAGGCUGCCUCCCCAGUGAGAACAGCAGUGCUCCUUGACCUUUAUUCUGGUUGCGGUGGUAUGUCUACGGGGCUGUGCUUGGGUUCAGCCCUGGCUGGCCUGAAACUUGAAACGCGAUGGGCUGUUGACCUGAACAGCUUUGCAUGCAAGAGCCUGAAGUACAACCACCCCGGAACUGAGGUCCGAAAUGAGAAAGCUGAAGAUUUUCUUGCUCUCCUCAAGGAAUGGGCCAUCCUGUGUGACACAUAUGUCCAUGGGAAUAAUUCUGACCCGGCUAGUCCCUCAGAGGAUGAGGAGGAAGAUGAUGAACCUCUUGGAAAGGAUGAGUUUGUAGUGGAGAAGCUACUUGAAAUCUGCUAUGGUGGCAGCGGGAGGGAAAAAGCCAUAUAUUUCAAGGUGCAAUGGAAAGGCUAUGGUCCAGAGGAGGAUACCUGGGAGCCGAUUGGAAACCUCAGUGACUGCCCUCUAAAAAUUAAAGAAUUUGUACAAGAAGGGCACAAGCGAAACAUUUUACCACUGCCUGGUGAUGUUGAAGUCAUAUGUGGUGGCCCACCUUGCCAAGGAAUUAGUGGCUUCAACCGGUUCAGGAACCGUAAAGAGCCACUAAAAGAUGAGAAAAACCAGCAAAUGGUCACUUUUAUGGACAUUGUGUCCUAUCUGAAACCGAAGUUUGUCCUUAUGGAAAAUGUUGUGGACAUUCUUAAGUUUGCCGAUGGAUAUCUUGGUAGAUAUGCAUUGAGCCGCCUGGUUUCUCUGAAUUACCAAGCGCGACUUGGGAUUAUGGUCGCUGGUUGCUAUGGGCUGCCGCAGUUCCGAAUGCGUGUGUUCCUUUGGGGAGCUCUUCCUGCCAUGGUGCUCCCAAAGUAUCCUCUCCCUACACAUGACGUGGUUGUGCGUGGCGGGGCACCGAAUGCUUUUUCUCAAAGCAUUGUUGCAUACGACGAAACGCAAAAGCCAACCUUGAAGAAGGCUUUGCUUCUUGGUGAUGCCAUUUCAGAUUUGCCAAAGGUAGAUAACUUUCAACCUCAUGAGGUAAUGGAAUAUGGUGCUCAACCCAAGACAGAAUUUCAGAGCUACAUCCGACUUAGUCGUAAAGACAUGCUGGAUUAUUCAUUUGGUGAUAACACUUGUCCUGAAGAAGGCAAGCUCUUGGAUCACCAACCUUUGAGGCUAAACCAAGAUGAUUAUGAUCGCGUGCAACAGAUUCCAGUAAAGAAGGGAGCCAACUUCCGCGACCUACCAGGUGUCAAGGUUGGAGCAAAUAAUAUUGUGGAGUGGGACCCAGAAGUUCAGCGAGUUUAUCUGAAAUCUGGAAAACCCUUGGUUCCUGACUAUGCAAUGUCCUUCAUUAAGGGCAGAUCAUUGAAGCCAUUUGGUCGCUUGUGGUGGGAUGAGACAGUUCCGACGGUUGUGACCAGAGCAGAGCCACACAACCAGAUUAUAUUGCACCCAAAUCAGGCACGUGUUCUGACCGUUCGGGAGAAUGCAAGGUUGCAGGGUUUCCCUGAUUACUACCGUAUGAACGGCCCCAUCAAGGAGAAGUACAUACAAGUUGGCAAUGCGGUUGCGGUCCCUGUUGCCCGGGCACUGGGUUACUCUCUCGGUCGUGCGUACCAGGGCGAGAUGGAAGGGAGCAACCCACUGUUCACGCUUCCUGACAGCUUCACCAACGUGGGACAGACAGUGGUGCUAGCAAGAGCUUCAUCUGUUGGAACCCCAGCAGGAGAGGUGGUAGAGCAGUAACAUUGAGUUCCUUGCGGGAACUAUGAUGCUUGAGUUCGGAUUUGUGAUGGGAUGUAAAUGUUGUAACAUUGCUUAGGGUGCACACUUGUGCUUGAGUGCUUAGUUACUGUAGUUGCAAUGUACCAAACUGCAAUUCUAGAUAAAACUAGUAAUCAUUCAUUACUAGAGUAGUUGAUCAUCUAUUGAUAGAUGGCUUGGAUUAAUUGUCCUUGCUGUAGGAAAUGUGUGUAAUGGCAGCUAAGUUAUGUGAAAUUCAAACUGGAAUUAGGUAUUCAUCAAAUCUUGCUGAAUAAUGCAAAGGGCAGAAUCCAAACAUGUUAAUGGAGGUGUUAUUAUCC